AUGAUUAACAACGGAAAAAAGUUAAAAAUAUCUUUGUGGGAAAAUAAAGAACUCUUCGAUAUUACACCUUCCAUUGUCAACGUCGAACCACAAUCCACAAUAAAAAGCGGUGAUCACGUACCGAUAUUUUCAAAGCAGUUUCCAUCAUCCGAACAAGGUCAUCGAUUUAAAUCAGAAGAGACUAUGAAAUUAUUAAAACAAGACAGGAUUGAACCAUCAAAUUCACCGUGGUCUUCUCCUAUAUUGUCACUCAAAAAACAGGAUAAAUCCCUCAGAUUUUGUAUAGACCUCAGAAGAAUUAAUGAAAUAACAAUAAAAGAUAAAUAUCCAAUGCCAAUCACCUACGAUAUAUUCGAUCAGAUGUCGAAUGCAGCAUAUUUUAGCAAAAUUGAUUUCAAAUCUGUUUAUUUUGAAAUUCUGUUAGUAAAAUCUGAACGACCAAAGACGGCAUUUUCAACACGAGAUGGACGUUACCAAUUUUGUGUUCUUCCACAAGGUGUUUCCAAUGGAACACCCGUUUUUCAGCGAAUAAUCAACAACAUUCUUGGUCCUGCUAAAUGGAAAUACACCCUGGCCUUCCUUGAUGAUAUUAUCAUAUACAACAAUUCAUUUGAUCAAAACAUAGAACAUUUAUCACAUAUCUUAUCAUUAUUGAGAGAUGCAAGAAUUAGAUUGAACAUCGAAAAGAGUGAAUUUGUAAAAACAAAAAUGAAUUACUUAGGACAUCACAUUGAACACGGUAUAAUACGACCAAAUGAAGAGAAAAUUCGUUGA